AUGCCCUACAUACUGCCCAUGUCGUGCGAUACUGAAGCGCACGAGACCAUUCAAUGGGCACUCCUCAAGGAGAAACACUACACGGCCGUCCGCAAUCCGCUCUACUUGUCUCAGGUUCAGCACCACGGCAUGACCGCCACCUGGCGUCUACGUGUCUGUCGCUGGAUGUUCGAGACCGCGAGGGAGUUUGACCUGCAAAUGGACACGGUCUUCACUGCACUGCACUUCCUCGACCAGUACCUCAGCGUCCACUCGGUGGAUCGCGGCACGCUGCAGCUCCUGAGCAUGAUCUGCAUGUGGACAGCCAGUAAAAUGCGUGAGGGCAGACCCAUUCUCCUCGAAGAGAUGGCGCUCAUGUGCGAGCGCAAGUUCACUCGUGCUCAAAUGGUGGACGCCGAGGCGCAGCUCGUGCGGCUUGUGAAGUUCCGCUUCAAUCCUCCAAACAUCUUUACAAUGGCGAGAGACUUUGUCAAUGAGCUCCCAUUUGAGGAAGACAAGGACCGACGGGCCAACUGCGUCGCCUCCGUGUUCAACGUCCUCGAGCGAGUAGCAGAGGACAUGUCGCUGCUUGACUGUUCCGUCUCAAGUCUCGCCAAAGCUGCAGUACAACUCGUGGCCAAGUCCGAGUACAACCUCUCGGUUGCGCAACUGCUCAAGGCUCUCAAGCUCGUGAAAGUCGAGGAAGACGCUUACCGCACAGCCUUCAAAAUUGUGCGGGGCGCCUACUUUGGCACACCCAUCGUCUCGACCAAGACCCAAACGCCGCCACGGAUUGUUACGACUUCCGAGGUCUUGGAACCCAUCAAGUCGCUCACGCAGAGCCCUACGGCGAUCGAACAAGUGCCGCAAUUCCUCGAUGAAGGAGCAGCGUCGUCAUUUGCAGCUGUCACUGGCCUGGACGAUGCGGACCUCAUUUGCACGGAGACGCUGUCUCCUUCGCCAGCUCAAGUAUCUCCUGCGCCCGCGCGAUCGACAUCAUCACCUUCGUCGACCAUUGGCGUCCCUCGGACUGCGUCAUCACCUGCGCGAUCCGUGUCCGACGCUGAGCGACCUAACAAACGUCAGCGCAAGCUGAGCAUGUAG